UGACAGACAUGAAGAACCUGGACCAGUAUGGACGCGGUCAUCUGGAGAGUUUGGUCUGUGCAUCCCUGUUCAGUCUGGUUUUGGUUCUGCUGGGACUCCUCAGCUCAGUCCAUGGCUGUCCUGGUGUCUGCACCUGCUAUGGGAACACCACUGACUGCUCCUCUGUCGGUCUUAUCUCUCUGACGCCCAUCCUAGCAGUGCUGGACCAGGACUCUCUGAUCCUCCGCCUACCCCAGAACAACCUCUCCUCUUUAGGUACAAUUGAGUUGUCAAACCUCAGCAGCCUGGAGCUCUUGGAUCUUUCCCAGAACCACUUUUCCACCUUGCAGCCUGGGGCUUUCUCAGGUCUGGGAGGCUUGCGCUGGCUCAACCUCUCUGCUAACUACCUCGGGAAGUGUCUGGUGAUGUCUGACCCCAACAACAGCACAGAACACCUGAAUGGAAGUCAGGGGAACUUUGGCCUGAAGAAAGAGGUUUUCAGGGGGCUGUGGCAGCUGCGAGGGCUCGACCUGUCUUACAAUGGCCUCCUUUGGUUGCCAAAGGGCUUACUGGAUAUGCUUCCAAGACUUGCCUGGCUUUCCCUGGCCAGCAACCGGCUGGUGACUCUUGAAAGAGUCACCUUCGAGCCCUUGGUGGGGCUGCAGCAACUCAAGCUAGUGGGAAAUCCCUGGAAGUGUGACUGCAAGCUGAGAGACUUCAAGCACUGGAUGGAGUGGUUGAUUUACAGGGGUGGGCAGGUAGAUGCCAUGCAGUGCAGUCUCCCUGGGGAUUUGAAGGGCAGGGACAUCCGCAGCGUGCCAGCGGAGAUGUUCAGCUACUGCCUGCAGACUCCCACCAAGGACGGCAAGUCGGUUUACGCCACCCGGCCACCAUGCCCGCCCGGCCGGGUCAGCAGCAACGAGGAAUGUGUUCGCCAACGCUACCGGCCCCUCAGUGUCCGCCGAGCACAUGGCACACAGGUAGUUGCAGGUGUUAUUUGUGGCACGGUGUGUGUCAUGAUGGUAGUGGCAGCAACUUACGGCUGUGUGUACGCCUCACUGAUGGCGCGAUACCAAAGGGAGAUGAAGAACCGCGGCCAGCCUCUAAUGGCUGAGUCCGGAGUCGAAACAGACCUGGAGGAUGGACAAAUGUCAUCUCUGACUUCGCCAGAAGACACUCCACCCAAAGAGAGCUGUGGCGUCGUGCACGGGUAUCGAAUCAGCAGCUUCUGACUGCUGCUGCUUACUGAGUUUAGAUCCUUUAGGAUUCACUGACUACUUCAGCUCCUCAGCUCUGAUCACUGAUGAGAUGACGUCUGAAGAGAGAAACCCUGCAACUCUGUGCUCAAAUCUCUGAUUGUACAGCUAAUGGACCAGACUAGAUUCAGUGAAUGCUGCAGCACCUCUUUUAAUGUAUGGAUGCUCUGUGAAUUGUUAUUCCCUGUGCUGCAUCUCUCAGCCAGCUUUUAACCUCCUCUAAAGCUGCUGAGUGGCACUUGAGCACCUUGAUUUCCCUUGAUCUGUUUUUGUUUCUCCUUUAGACAUAUGAAACACCUGUCCUCUAUUUGUAUUUGAGCCCAACAAGCACAAAAAGUACAAACGUGUGUGAACCUGUGAAAAG